AUGUACGUUGCUGAUCUUAUCAGAAACGGGUCGGACGAUUCGACGCUGCAGCAAUGGAAGCAAGUAAUGCUGAAUGUCAGCAUGCGGGUCGAAGUCACCACCGGCUAUGAACAGCGUUUCUGGAAGUCAGUCAAUCUUCGCCAGAGAUACGCUGGUACUUAUGAUGCCCUCACCAGGUCCACCAUCCAGCAGAUCUACGAACUGGUGAAAUUUAGGGAUGAGUUUCAGCCUGGAACUCGGCGUGAAAUCGCAGAGGCUUGGCAGGCGAAGGUCACGGAUUUGGGCACAAUGGUUAUUGAGGGUGUGGACUUCAGCUUUGUGGACUCCGCCAUUAAGAUCCACGACCGCAUGCUGUGCUACCCGGACGCCUUCAAUGCCAUUCAGAAGAUGGAGAUGGAGUUUGGCAAAGCAUCCUGCCUCAACUACAUCCGCGUGUUGGAGGUGAUUUGCAUGAAGGGGAAGGAGCCAGAGCAGUUGUGGAUUCUCAACACCAUCUUGGACUACAUCUUCCAGUUGAAGGAGAUCAACAACCGGGACCUCUCAACCCGCGCCCUGCAAGGUACAUCGAGCACUCGUGGGUUGCUUGAUGUCUUCCUCACCAAGCGGAAGAUGAUGCUGUGGAUCACAGAUCACUUGGCCUCGAAGAAUGUUCCGCCUGAGUGGAUCGACGUGAUGAAGGAUCUCCAGACCCAUGCCCAGUUUCGUUCCAAGGUUGGAGUGAGUUCUCGUGGCGGCGACGGGUCGGAGCAGCCGGAUCAAUCUUGGCUGGGAACGGAGCAUGAAGUUAUUCGGUUGGCCGUUGACAUCUUGAAGAAAGUGGUCUACGGCGCCUUCCAUGACCACACCUUGAAGAACUUGCUGAAAGGAUCCUCAGCGCCUGCCGACCUCUUUGCAAAGGAGCCCUUCAGCGACAUGAUGAAAGACUUGAAUGCCGCCCUGGAUGCGCACAUCCACAAGUCCAAAAAGAAUGAGGAAGAGGUUGUGGCACCCACCGUUGCCAAGGACUAUCUCACCACCUUCCUGCCCGACGGUGUCGAGCACUGCCCUGAGGACCUUGAGGAAGACUUUUCCUCUCACAUCCUGGAAGCAGGUGACCUCGUGGACCGCUUCGUGAAGUUCAUUCCAGAAUGUUCCAGCAAGUCAGAGUUGGCACAGGCGCUGGAUGGCACGGCUGUGUCCAAAAAGCAGCCAGAUGGAACAACGGCGUUGGUUGUGAUGGACACGAAGAACAAAGAGCAGUUUGAUGAGGGUGAGAUGUGCCUGCUCUUGGACGGCUCUCGGCAGAUUUCCACCUCCAUGAUGAGCUGCUUUGUUCGUGAUGAUGGCGCUCACUUUGAGAACAAGACGAGGCUCUACGGUGGAAGCAACAUGUCAACUUCCAUCGGGCCAGUUGUCCUUGAGCCUGUGGAGAACAUGUGGCUGGUGCCAGCUGAGAAGAAGAAGAUCUACGAGGGUGGCAACGCGAAAGUCUUGGCUGGUGGCGGGCUCCCAGACGCUCCUGCCAAGCCCCAGCUAUCCGGAGAGCCAAUGACUUACCACGCAAUGCCGGUGAAAUUCUACCGAGAGCUUCUGCAUUCAUUCUGUGCAGGUGUGGUUUUUUUUGUUUGUGAUCCAGAUGGAGUUGGGGCGAUGGCAGCGGUUUUGGCCAAAGUUCCUUGCGUGGUCCUGGUCUACACAGCUGAGCAUGGAGCUGCGCUGCGGGCAAGGCUGACCGAAUUUGUCGUCAACCAGUUCCAGCUGCAAAGCUCGCCGAUUUACCGCAACGGCGAAAAGAAUCAGAAGCGGAAAGAUGAUGGUGAGAGUGGCGAACGAAACCAGACCACCAAGAAAGCCAAGACAGAUAUCAUCGAUGCUUUGAUCAAAAUGCAGGAUGACAAGGACGAGGAAGAGGCCGACGGUCGCAACGCUGUGGUGACGGUGAUGAAGGCCUUUCCUUUGACCUUCGGGUCAGCCUGCUCGGGCAUUUGUUCUGAGCUUUUUGCGGCAGAGAUGCUGGGCCUGGAGGUGCGCCCGGUGUUCGCCUGCGAUUGCAACCAACAUGUCACGAAGGUGAGCCAACAUCUUUGGAGCCAUGAACAGUACUUCAACAACGUGUUUGACAAAGAGUUUCUUCGGGAUGCUCCUACAGUGGACUUCUUCCUGGGUGGGUUCCCUUGUCAGCCCUUUAGCCUGCAGGGCCUAGGGCAAGGAGUGGCUGAUGAAGCGAAUGGUACGGUGAUCUAUGAGCUGUUGAAGUACAUCAAAGAGCGGCAACCCACAACGUUUGUCUUGGAGAAUGUGAAGGGGCUCUUGACCCAACAUCCACAAGUGCUGAUGGAAAUUAUGAAGCACCUUCGUGGCUUGAAGGUGACGGGAACCAGAAAGCCUUUGUACACGGUGCUGUGCAAGUGCCUGAAUGCCCGCAAUCACGGCUUGCCUCAGAACCGCGAGAGAAUCGUGGUGAUUGGGAUGCUGAACGCCAAGAAAACCUAUGACUUUGCUUGGCCCAUGUCUGUUGAGAUGCAGCCGUUAACCCGCUUCAUCAACGACAAGGAUGUGGGAGAUGAAUCAGACUUGAACAGCCUCAACAAAACUGAGCUGAACAACCUACAUGAGUCCUACCAGAAAAUCCGUGCUGGGGGAGGCAAACCAACCCAGGGCUUCUAUGUCGUUAACCUGGGUGGCACAUCCUCGCACUACAACCUGGGUUACUUGCCAUGUUUGACAAGAAGCCGCUGUGGGAGCCGUGGGUACUGGUUGAGUUGGUUGAAAAGGAAGAUUACUGCGAAGGAGAUGUGGGCGCUUCAGGGGCUGCCAAAGAAGGUGUACCCGAAAGAUGUGGUCACAGAGACUCAGUUGGGCUACAUUGUUGGGAACGCAAUCCCAAUUCCGCUUCUGGCCAAUGUGAUGAGCAGCAUGUUUGACGCCUGCCCGUUGCAUUAA